AUGUACAACCCAAGCAAGCAUACUAUCAAAAGAAGACAGAGAACAGCUGUACCUCAGUUCUUACUGGAUUACUUUUCUGAAGACGUUCCAAUAAGUGGUUUGAAUUAUAUUCCCACUGAAAACCCAUCUGUUCCUGAGGUGGAAUUUAGUAGUCCUUGCCUAAAGUAUACAUAUACGCGCAAGAAGAGAGCAAGAACCAUGGCUGUAGCCCCCGUAGAAACGCCUUCCAAGAACAUUGCUGCUUCUCAGACUGACUUGGACGUCAAAAUUGAUUUCGAUACAUACGAAGCCACCUCAGGAACAUUUGAGAUUGUUUUUUGCGGAUACAAGUUCAUUCCUGAGCAGUUGGUUGAGAUGGGUAUGCUCCCUGCUUCCCUCAACAAUGUCCAAUAUGCAAUUCAUUUCAGACUUCUUGAGUUUAUGAGGGACAUGCGAGAUGUUCUUGCCACCUCUGGCCAGGGCUUGGCCAAUCUGUGCAAUAAGAUCAAUCUGGAUGCUAAGAUCUCAAAGGCAUAUUGCCAAAAUCUUCUGCAUGUCUUCAUCAGACUUACAAUGAUUGUUGAGGCCAAGGUAGAGAAGCUUUUGCCUGGAUUCUGGGAAUCCAACUGUUGCCCUGCUUGUCCAGAUGUUGACAGCAAUGUGGCCAUUGACGACUGUCAAUAUGUUGCCAUGGAUGGCAAUUUUAGCCUGAAGUGUGAGAGGAGGAAAGAUGGUGAGGGUGAUGUUGGCAAAGAGUUGGAGCAAGUAGGUCGGUUCGACAGCAACUUCCAUGCUGGCUCUGGCAGUUUGGCAAAGUCCAUAAAGUACCCUAUUAAGGGUCUUUUUGCAGCGAGCUGUGCACGCCAUAAGUCAGUCAUUAAGUUGGUAGACAUGGAAACUGGUGAAGGGUUUAAGUACUCUCUCUUCAUAAUUAAUCAACUACUUGGUGAUUCAGGUAGUGAUGGCCAGUCUGCUGAUAGCUCUCCCAACAUCAAUGUGAUGUAUGAUGUUGUCUGUAAGCUGGCAAAGUCACUGAAGGCUAACUUUCUCAGACUGAUGGAGAAAUCAAAACUAGCAGUUCCAAUUUUCCAUAUGUAUGCUCAUGUUCAACACUGCCAGAUUAAGCUCAACCCUAAAUAUAGAGAUGAGUUUGGCUUGACAGAUGGUGAAUGUUUGGAACGUCUCUGGUUAUAUCUUAACCACUUUGUGACGAUGACCAGAAAGAUGGGACAAGCAAACCGGAAGUUGGUCUUGUACAGAGCCAUCAAGUUCCACAAUGAGACGAAGAAGAUUGAGUUGGGCUUGAUGUUGGAGAGUAAGUAUGUCAAAGCAAAGCGCAUCAUAGAAGAAUCCAGGAAGGCGUUGGAGGGAUUCGACUGUGUUGUGAUUGAGCGAGAAUGGAAGCAGCAUGUUAACAAGGUAGAGAAGUUAGAGAAUUAUGUUGACAUUGCAGAUUUGAUGGAGUCUGGCCGUAAGGUUCAAGGCAAUAUUGCUUUGUCCCUUAUAAAUUUUACAAUUUUGCGCCGACUAAGAGAGCUCGCUAAUGAUGCCAACGGAAAUCAUGUGAAAGAUGAGAUCAAUAGGCUGAAGCACGAAAUGGAGAAGUUGAAGGCAAAGAUCCAGGAGGAAGUUGAGGGCUUCCAAGAACCUGAUGAAGAAAAUACAAACCUCAUAAAAUAUAUAGAAGAAAAUGCCCAGCUAGGUAUUUUCUGGGAUGCAAAAAUCCGUCCCAAAGUCCAUCUCUUUUUGGUAAAGAAAAGAGCAGAAGAAGUUGCACUUCUGAAGCGUGAUGCCUUCUGGCUCCAACACCGUAUCACAAAAGAAAGGACUUUAAGAGAGCAAGGGCUAAAAGCCCUUGACAAUGCUGUAGGUACUCUGGACAAAGAGGUUCUUUGUGGGAUGCAGUUCCUUUUGGCUAGAAAGCUUCGGCUUUCUAUGUCUUGGGAGCGAGCAGUCUUUGCUCAGACCAGUUUCCUUCUGGAAUCCUUGUCCUCUCCCUCCUCCGUUCCUUUUGCCUCCUCCUCCUCCGUUCCUUUUGCUUCCUCCUCCUCCGUUCCUUUUGCUUCCUCCUCCUCCGUUUCUUCUUCUUCACUCAUUGUUGAAGACAUAAACCCCUCCGAUGAUGGAGAAGCCAGUAUUGCUUUUGUUGUGGAAGCUUUUACAAAGUCUAUUAGUAAUUAA